AUGGGCUCUAUUUGUUAGCAAGGAUAAAAAUCUUCAAACGAAAAAGAAAUCCAGAUUGAGAUUUAGUUUACUAAUUCUAAAGAUAAACUUGAUGCGAACCAUAAGACAGCUAACAACUUAUAUAAUUGUUAAAGCACCAGGUAACUCACAUUUCGCAAUGAAUUCGCAUCAAAAUUUAUUAGUUUAAGUUAAUCAUCUGAUUCAGAACCAAAUUAAGAUAAUGACCCUGUGGAUAAAAGAACUUUUUUCUCUAAUUUUUAGACAUUUUAAGCGAUGCCAUCUCAAAAAUCCUCUAGAUUUGUGUCUCCUUAAUUCUCAUUUGUAGCAGAUGAAACCUCGAUUGAGAACUAGUUCCAAAAUAAAGUAUAGACUAAAUAAUUAGAGUGA